GUGUACAUGUGAGCUCUUUUUUAAUUAUAUCGUUUCAUUAUUUUUUAAUGUAAAAUUUAUAAACAGGUAAAUGGUGCAAAGGUAAAAAAGGGCCCCAUUUUUACCUUUGCACCAGGACCCCGAAAAUCUCUUGCCCUGCUGAAGUUUCGGAAUUCGGAACACAUGUGAACUUGGCUUGUGACAUAUUUCUCGAGCAUGGAACAGGCGCGAGUUACAAUUGCGGUUGAGGGUUAGAUUUCCCCGUGGUUGGACGAGCCGUCGUGCCGCUAAUGUCCGGGCGAGAGUACAGACUCGCGCAAGCAGACGUAAACUCGAGACGCCGGGGUCAGCCGGCCAGCUGUCAAAAUUGCAAAAGGGAACUGUCAUCGACACCUGUCAAAUCGUCCGCGUGUUCGUGACCGUGACCGGAGGAUAGGUUAAGCCAUGGCGAAGUACCUGAUACAGAUUAUCGUGAUGGGCACGCAGGUCGUCGGCAAAGCGUUCGCGCGCGCUCUUCGCCAGGAGAUCGCGGCCAGCCAGGAAGCUGCGCGAAGAGCCGGUGGCGGGAGACAAGGUGCGCAGCACGCCGCCGCCAACACCAGGGCGGGAAUCACGCUGGACGAGGCGCUUCGUAUCCUUAACGCGGAACGUCCUGACCAAACGGAACUGAUAGAGAAGAAUUACAAAUAUCUCAUGGAAGCUAAUGACAGAUCCAAGGGCGGUUCGUUCUAUCUCCUAUCCAAGGUUGUACGCGCCAAGGAACGCAUAGACGAGGAAGUACAGAGAACAACGGCAUCACCUCCACCGCCACCAUCGCAGACAAAUUCAAAAAGCGAUCAAGAAACUACCAGGCAGCCAUGAGACUUAUAUCUAGUCUAAAUUCUACUUCUAGGCUUAUUCUAAUUCUAGAAACUUGUACAUAAAAUAUAAUAAUAAAUAGUAGAUUCUGAAUAAA